CGGCCCUUUCUGGUUUAUUUUUUAUUUAACAUCAUCGACAUGCCACUGAAGAAGAUUAUGACGCCUUUCCUGGCCGCAAGACGAAGAUCCCUAGUGAGAGUAUGUAAGGAAUGCUAGGAAAAUUUCCUACCAUUUCUCUGCGGUACUUACAGUGGAAGCCCCGCGUACUCACUCCAACUUUUUCCAGGCUCUCUCGCGGUCUAGAUUAUGCGGCGUGGCUACCAAGUAUUUGUUCAUGUUGUCUUACAUGACAUACUUAUCGAUCCAAGUCAAAAUGGCGGAUCAUGAUAUGUCUCCUCUUCACGGUAAAAAACCUUGUCGUGCAUGUACAAGUUUUAAAUCGUGGAUGAAACAGGAAAACAGAAGAAAAAGCACUGCGGGUAGUAACAGCAACACACCUCAAAUGCAGGAGACAACAUCUCAAGAAGAAACCACUGUAGAAUGUCCUCUUGAUAGAGAAGAACUUGGUCGAUCAACAUGGAACUUUCUUCAUACAAUGGCUGCUUAUUAUCCAGACAGUCCCACACAAGAACAGCAAUGUGACAUGUCUAGUUUUGUAAAACUGUUUUCCAAAUUCUUUCCUUGUGAAGAUUGUGCAUCACAUCUUAGGGAAAGGUUACAAACAAACCCUCCAGACACGAGCAACAGAUACAACUUUUGUCAAUGGAUGUGCCAUAUGCACAAUGAAGUUAAUAGAAGGAUAGGAAAAAAGGAGUUUGAUUGCUCAAAAGUCGACGAACGCUGGCUUGAUGGAUGGAAAGAUGGAUCAUGUGAUUAACAAGGGAAUCAAAAUGACCAAUGAUGCAGACGAUAAACAACAACAGAGGACGACUGCAUGCACCUCCUUAUUGCCAGCUUUCCUAACACCUCUGGCGUACCUCACA